GCCUGGAAAAGAAAAAAACUUUUUGUGUAGAAGGAUUCAACAACCGCCAUCUUGUCGUGGACAAGAGUUGGGAUUUGGGCGAACAUAAUAAUAGUUAUAUGGACGAUAGGGAUUCCGACAGGGUCUGUAUAGCUUCGUGGUGAAAGAUAGAAAAGAGCUGGUGAAUUUCGGGGGUCGUUCUGAUGGAUGGGCUUAAAAUGUGGCCGAUUUGGUCUCUUGGAAAGCCCCGUAUAUUUGAUUUCCCCCUUUACCAAGCGUUGCUUCUUACUAUCUCGCUCAUUUUGUCAUGUCCAGUAUGUACUGCGCUGGAUUUGUAAAAACUGCACAUGUAGACGAUCAUUUUCGCUGAAUGUUCAUUUGGCUAUAGUUGGAAAUAGGUAUCGAGGCUAUUUAUUUUUACUCGGAAAUUAUCAUUAAAAAAAAAAAAAAAAAAACGAUGACGUAAGGCGUUGAUUAAAGACUUGAUUCUGUUCAUCGCCCUAAAAAAAUAACGACCGAAACAUUUCGGUGGCUAAAUAAGAAUAAUUAUGAAGGUACUUGAUGGUGAAUAUGGAAGUGGCGAAGCGGGGCGCUGUUUCUUGUCUGGAGACAUUUUCAUCUUAUCCAUAUUGCUCGCUAAUGCUACUAACUUUUAUUUUUUGCCAGAAAACUAUGAUUUAAUCUGCAAACUCAAAACAUAAAUACAUACCCCAUCCUUAUCUCCAAGCCACACUACAACAAAACUCCUAGUCAUAAUGGCUGAUAACAUCAUGGAUAUGGGACCUUCCAGUGCUAAACGUCCAAAGCUCAGUUCACCUGCUCUGUCUGCAUCCGACGGCCCAGAUUUGGGCUCCUUGUUUGACUUGGAAAACGAUCUCCCAGAUGAGCUGAUCCCCAAUGGUGAUGCGGUCUUGCCAUCUAUGACCACUCAUGGUGAAGGAGUUGCAGGAAGAAUGAGUGCCAUCAUGCCUGAUGCUGCCACCAAGCACCAGCAGCUUUCACAGCUUCUGCAGUCAGUCACUGGGGGGCCUGUUAUGGGCAGGCAGUUAAGCACACUCUGCAAGAGCCCCCUGGGCCAGGCCUCACCAAGUCAGAAAACCAUUGGCACAGCAAGUGUCCCCAGCAACAGUGGAAGCCCAGGCAUGAGCAUCAACACUGGCUUUAACCAGACUGUGCUGAACAGUGGGCAAAGCCAUGGGCUCAUGGGCCAAAAGAUGGCACAGCAGGGACAAAUGCUGAAUGGCAUUUUAGGGCCAGCAGGGCGAGGCCGGGUGGCACCAGGCAUGCAGUACCAGGGCCAGACAAUGCAGGGAGCACCAGUGGUAGGAGGUGUCACAUCAGGGGUUAAAGGGGUCAGCAUGGCUAGCAGUGUGCUGGCAGAGACACUGACCCAAGUGGCAACACAAAUGAGUGUACACAAAUCUAUCAGCCCUCAGCAUGCAGGAAACAUGAAUAAGGUGGGUUUGGUGGGCACUAAUGGUCAUUUUGGGCAACAGUAUGCACAGAGUUCAGUGCAGCAGAUCACCAGUGCUGGUGUUAAUGCACAGCUCCAGAAUAAGGCAGCACUUUCAAACAGCCUCCCACCCACACUAAAGCCAUCAUCCAGUGUACAGAACCCGCUCAAUCAGCAAGUGCCUGCUGCAAGUAUGAUGCCAGGCCAGGGGGCUCCUGCAGCUCCCACAGCCGAUCCAGAGAAGCGAAAACUAAUCCAGCAGCAGCUGGUUUUGCUGCUGCAUGCUCACAAAUGCCAGCGCCGGGAACAAGCCAGUGACGAGGUGCGUUCCUGUACGCUGCCCCACUGCCGCACUAUGAAGAAUGUCCUAAAUCAUAUGACCCACUGUCAGGCUGGCAAAUCCUGCCAAGUGGCACAUUGUGCAUCCUCUAGGCAAAUAAUUUCUCACUGGAAAAACUGUACUCGGCACGACUGUCCUGUGUGUCUGCCCCUGAAGACUGCCAGUGAUAAGAGAAACCAGCAGCCCAUGCUGAAUCCAACUAAUGCUGCUAUGCAAGCACCUAUAGGAGCUGUGGGCACUAGUAAGCCAACUGCUCCUAUUAUCAGCAGCGGCACUAAUAUAGACCCAAGCUCUAUGCAGAGAGCCUAUGCAGCUCUUGGCCUUCCGUAUGGAAACCAGUGUGCCACCCAAACGCCGGCACAGACACAGCCACAUCAGCAGCAGCUUUGUACCAUUAACUCUCUAGGCACUAACCAGAUGAACUUGGGAGGUAAUGGUAUAAGCAUUCCCACUUCUGAUCAGAUGAGUCUUCACACUGACUCACCCCUCCCCUCAUCCCUCAACAACAAACAGCUGAUGUCCAAUGGCUGUGAAAUGAGUGGAUUGGUGAAUCUGUCAUCAACAACAGCGCCCUCUAUGCCUGGCAUAAAAAAGGCCUGGCAUGAACAUGUCACGCAGGAUCUGCGUAACCACCUAGUGCACAAACUAGUUCAAGCCAUAUUUCCCACCCCAGACCCUGCAGCACUAAAGGACAGACGAAUGGAAAACUUGGUUGCUUAUGCUCGAAAGGUGGAGGGUGACAUGUAUGAGUCUGCCAACAGCAGGGAUGAGUAUUACCACUUCCUAGCUGAGAAGAUUUACAAGAUUCAAAAGGAGCUGGAAGAAAAAAGAAAAUCAAGGCUUCCCAAAGAACCUUUGUUGGGCACUCCAGGGUUACAACAGGCUGGCAUUCCACAGCUUAAUUCCAUAGGAUUUGCACAACCCACCCAGCCGGCAAAUGAAUCUGUGCCUUUGUCCAGUGUGACAAAUCAAAUAGUAAACCACAUGAAAGUUACUCAAGGAAUGAAUCAAUUCAAUUCAAUGGUGAUGCAAAAUAUGCCGAUGUCCCAGUCUACAGUAGGAUCCCGAGCAGCUUCCCCCAUGAAUCACCAGCCUCAAAUGAACAAAGGCUCUGUUUCUCCGAUGGUACGGUCUCCUUCAAGGAUGAUGCAAGCUCAGGGCAUCAUUGGAGGCCAUGCAAACAGCAUAGUGAGCCAGACCCACAACCAAAAUCAGUUCAUGAACCAGGCACAUUUUCCAACUUCUGCAGGGUGUGUAAAUGUGAACUUUGCUCAUCAAGCAGGAACGGCCAGUGGUACACAGCCUGAUCAGCAGAACUCUAAUCUCUCCUUGAAUUUUCUGGGCUCCCUGGCAUCACAGCCUGCUAUGUGCUCCACCCCUCCACCUCCCACCUCCACUCCUGUAGGCCCUAGCCUACAGCACAUGACUCAGCCCUCCACAACUGUGUCUGCUGGAAACCAAGCCACAACUGCCCACAUACCCCAUGUACCAUCAGGCCUUUGCUCUUCACCCAAACCUUCACAGUUGCUUCCACCUCUGUCCCAGCCAGAGUCCCUUAUGCUGACUCAACAGCCACAUUCUGAGCAAGCACAGCACCCUGCCACUCCGCUUGAUCGGACAGGAGUAAACAUGGGUGACAGUGUCCCCACACCUGCAUCUGUGGCUGAAACACACUCUCAAACAGAUUUUGCUAGUGCAGUAUGCAAAGCAGAGCCAAAAGAGGACAAACCAGAUCAUGAAAAUGACAAGAAGCCACCAGAACAAAAAACAGAGUGGAGUGAAAAAACAAGCUUGAAGCACCAUUUGCAGACAACUCAUCCUGAAAUUCAUGAAAAAGAUAAAGGUGUAAAAUCAGUACCUGUUAAGAAGGAAGGGCCAGAGAAUGUAGCACCUAAGGAGGAGCCAAUGGAAACAGAGGAGAAAAAAAUGGAGGUAAAGAUAGAAGCCAAACAGGAGGAAAAUGGAGAUACUAUUUGUACAGCUCCAUCCACUCAGUCUUCACAGACGUUCAAGAAGUUUUUUAAGCCAGAAGAGUUGAGACAGGCUUUGAUGCCCACAUUGGAAUCACUGUACAGGCAAGAUCCUGAAUCUCUGCCCUUUCGCCAGCCUGUGGACCCGAUAUUGCUCGGCAUUCCGGAUUACUUUGACAUUGUGAAGAAUCCUAUUGACCUUUCAACAAUUAAGCGGAAGUUAGACACCGGGCAGUACCUGGAGCCUUGGCAAUAUGUGGAUGACAUCUGGCUCAUGUUCAACAAUGCCUGGCUUUAUAACCGCAAAACAUCAAGGGUUUACAAGUACUGCUCCAAACUAGCUGAAGUGUUUGAGCAGGAAAUCGACCCAGUUAUGCAGGGCUUGGGUUAUUGCUGUGGGAGAAAGUACGAUUUUUCACCUCAAACACUUUGCUGCUAUGGCAAACAGCUGUGCACUAUCUCCAGAGAUGGAACAUACUACAGCUAUCAAAACAGGUAUCACUUCUGCGAAAAGUGCUUCAACGAGAUUCAGGGCGAGAGCAUCACCCUGGGUGAUGACCCUGCACAACCUCAGACUAUGAUAUCUAAAGAUCAGUUUGAAAAGAAGAAAAAUGACAUGUUGGACCCUGAGCCGUUUGUUGAAUGUAAAGACUGUGGGCGUAAGAUGCAUCAGAUCUGUGUCUUACACUAUGAUGUCAUCUGGCCAUCAGGAUUUUUUUGUGACAACUGCCUUAAAAAGUCGGGGAAAAGCAAAAAAGAAAACAGGUUUUCUGCUAAAAGAUUACAGAUUACAAGGCUUGGUACGUACAUAGAGCAUCGUGUAAAUAAGUACUUGAAGAGGCAGAACCAUCCUGAUGCUGGGGAAGUGUUUGUGCGGGUUGUGGCGAGCUCAGACAAGAUGGCUGAUGUGAAACCUGGAAUGAAAUCUAGGUUUGUUGAGUCAGGGGAGAUGGCAGAAAACUUUCCAUACAGAACCAAAGCACUUUUUGCAUUCGAAGAGAUAGAUGGAGUAGAUGUGUGUUUCUUUGGCAUGCAUGUCCAGGAAUAUGGAUCUGAUUGUCCCUUCCCUAACACCAGACGUGUGUAUAUAUCAUACCUUGACAGUAUCCACUUCUUCAAACCUCGUAUGCUAAGAACUGGUGUCUACCAUGAAAUCUUGAUUGGUUAUCUUGAAUAUGUCAAGAAACUUGGGUAUGUGACAGGUCAUAUCUGGGCCUGCCCACCAAGUGAAGGAGAUGACUAUAUAUUUCACAGUCACCCUUCUGAUCAGAAGAUACCCAAACCCAAAAGACUUCAGGAGUGGUACCGCAAAAUGCUGGACAAAGCCUUUGCCGAAAGAAUAAUUCAUGACUAUAAAGACAUCUUUAAACAGGCUACAGAGGAUCGAAUUAAAAGUGCCUAUGAGCUGCCUUAUUUUGAGGGAGAUUUUUGGCCCAAUGUUUUGGAGGAAAGCAUCAAGGAGCUGGCGCAAGAGGAGGAGGAAAGGAAGAAGGAGGAGAGUACAGCUUCCUCUGAGACAGUAGAGGGGACCCAAGCUGAUAGUAAAAAUGGAAAAAAGAAGAACAACAAGAAGACUAACAAAAACAAGAGCAGCGUGAGCCGAGCCAACAAGAAGAAGCCUGGAAUGCCAAAUGUAGCAAAUGAUCUGUCCCAGAAGCUCUAUGCAACUAUGGAGAAGCACAAGGAGGUUUUCUUUGUAAUCCACCUCCAUGCUGGUCCUGUGAUCAACACACUGCCCCCCAUCAUGGACCCUGAUCCCUUACUUAUCUGUGAUCUGAUGGAUGGUCGAGAUGCCUUUCUUACGCUGGCACGGGACAAGCAUUGGGAGUUCAGCUCCUUGCGCCAUUGCAAGUGGAGCACUAUGUGUAUGCUGGUAGAGUUGCAUAAUCAGGGCCAGGACCGUUUUGUCUACACAUGCAAUGAGUGCAAGCACCAUGUAGAGACACGUUGGCACUGCACUGUCUGUGAGGACUUUGACCUAUGCAUUAAUUGCUACAAUUCGAAUGGUCAUGAGCAUCCAAUGGUGAAAUGGGGCCUUGGCCUUGAUGAUGACAGCAACAACCAGAAUAGUGAGGCUUCCAAGAGUCCGCAGGAAAGCAGGCGUCUGAGCAUUCAGCGUUGUAUCCAAUCUCUGGUACAUGCUUGCCAGUGUCGAAACGCUAACUGCUCACUGCCAUCUUGCCAAAAAAUGAAGCGGGUGGUACAACACACAAAAGGCUGUAAGCGCAAGACAAAUGGGGGCUGCCCCGUGUGCAAACAGCUCAUUGCGUUGUGCUGCUACCAUGCCAAGCACUGCCCAGAAAAUAAGUGUCCUGUUCCCUUCUGCCUCAAUAUCAAGCACAAGCUGCGCCAGCAACAGCUCCAGCAGCGAUUACAACAGGCUCAGUUGAUGAGGCGGCGCAUGGCACUCAUGCAGGGCCGGACCAUGCAAAAGCCCCUGCCUUCCCCUAACUCAGGAGCUCCUGGGACACCAAACUCUCAGCAGCAGCAGCCUAGUACACCACAGACACCUCAGCCAUUACCAAACCAGCCCCAAUCAUCAAAUCAGAACAUGACCACUGUGCCACAAGCCUUAGACAACAAUGGACGCAGCAGUCAGCCACCUACACCAGGCUCCCAGGGCAAACAAGGUGCUCAAUCCUCACCCUCACAACAACCAUUUUCCCUGCCCAUGCCACAGCCACCAACACCACAACACCAUAUGGCACUAGCUGCCUUGCAGGUUGUACGAAGGAUAGAGAUGACAAGCAUGCCAAAGCAGCAGCAGGCAGAUUUAAGGGUCAACCUGAAUGGCAUGUCCAUGACCCAGUCUCGCAUAGUGGCACCCAUGCAGAUAAUGAGCCACAGAGGUCCUCAACCUCUACAGGGAAUGCAGUCUGGACCAUGGGGUGCUGGUAAGCAAGGCCCCAUGCAGAAUCCACAGGCCCCUCAACCACAGCAGAUGCCAACACAACAGGCCAAUGUGGUACCUCAACAACCUCAGUUAACACCUUCAUCUCAACAGCCUACAUUGAUGCAGCGGGCUAUUAUCCAGCAACAGCAACCACGGCCCAUACAGGGUGUCAUGCCACUUCAGCCAGUGCCUCCUCAAGCCCCACAGCAAAAUCAAAUGAUCCAAAAAGGUACAGGCAGCAUUGCACCAGGUGCCCUCCAGGAGUUGUUGUGCAAAUUGAAGUCACCGCAUUCACCUCAACAACAGCAGCAGGUCCUCAACAUUCUCAAGUUAAACCCUCACUUAAUGGCUGCAUUUAUCAAACAACGAACAGCAAAAUAUCAGGCCAGUCAACCCCGGCAAUCCCUGCCACAGCUGCAGCAGAGCCCACAAGCUAUGAUCAGAGUCCAGUCAGGGUUUCAGAAUAUGGCUGCUAUGCAGAAUCCUCCACUGAUGAGACCAGGAAUGCAGUCUCAGCAAGCUGCUGCAUCUCAGGGUAUGGGCACUCUAGGGCCACAGGGACAACUCAUGAAUGCUACACACAACAGCAACCAGCAGCUUUAUCGCCGACAACUAAUGCACCAAAUGCAACAGCAGCAGCAAGGGACCUUGACUCCUGCCCAAGGGGGGUUUUCCCAAUCUCAAGGUGCAGCUAACUACUCGCAAAUACGCAUGAAGCAGCAAUUGACUAUGCAGGGAGGUAAUAUUCCCAUGAUGCCUGGUAUGAGCCAACCUGGAAUGAGCAUGGACCCAACCCAGAAUAUGAUGCAACAGCUUAUGUCGCCACAACAGCUUCCACAGCAAAUGCUAAAACAGCAAAUAGGAUCACCACCUCAAGCCACCUCUAUGAGCCCUCAGCCCCAUAUGCUCCCAGUACAGCAGCAAGGCUCACAUUUACCUGGACAGGCCAUAUUGAAUGCACUGGGCAACCAAGUUAGAUCACCUGCACCUGUGCAGUCACCCCAUCCUCCUUUGCAGCAGCCCCAACAUUCCAGUCCAUCCCCACGCAUGCAGCUUCAACCCUCUCCCCAGCAUGCUUCAAUGCACUCCAGCUCCCCCCGCCCCGCACUUGCUGGGGUAAUGACAGGCUCCAUGGAACAGGGCUAUCUAUGUACCCCAGAGCAGAGCACAAUGCUCUCUCAGCUUAACACACCAAACCAUAGAGGGCUGAACAAUGAGUUGAUCAUGGUGGGAGAUACCACUGGAGACACUUUAGAGAAGUUUGUGGAAGGAUUAUAGCAAUGAGAGACGAUAGAGAGGUGUUGUUUUCAUACCGAUUGUAUUGAUAUCUCAGACAAAGAAUGUGAAUGGUUUACAUGCCAACCAAUGGACUGCUUUUCUAUUGAUGGUUAUAUGUGGAUAUAUCAAUCACUUAUCCUUUUUUUUUUAUUUUUAUUUUUAUUUUUUUUUUUUUUAUAUAUAAGUCAAGGCAGCAACUGAAUUGAUUUAGCCUAUUGUACUGUUUUGUUUACUUUUUCCCCCAGGUCAUGUAUUGCCAUUUAUUACUGAAGACUGUUUCGAAAUUUCAGAUGCAUUUUUGUGUUUAUAAGUUAUGAUUACUUGCUGAUGUUUAUUCAUAUAUGCUAGAUUGUAAACAUGCCUUUGAAAAUGCACCAUGUUUUUCUCCAAACUAAGGUGCUUGUAUAAACAGACUGGUGUUUAUUUGUACAGAAAUGAUCUCUUCUACAAAAUGUGAGAAGUUGUAAUUUCGCUUAUUUUUAAGGUGCUUAAAUAUGUAAUUUAUUGUCCUGCAUUGCAUAUGUUUCAAGGUAUAGAACAUUGCUUGGUCCCUUCUUCUGAUGGUCAGUGGGAAAAAAAAUCCCUUUUGGAGUAAGGUUCAGGGUCACUAAUUUCUGUAUGUGAGGCUUUUCUCUAAUGAAACUUGAAUUGAGUAAGGAAAAUUCUUCUAUGUAAAUCAUGCUGAUUGAGAUGCUGUAUAUAUGAGGAAUUAAACAAAUUGAGAAAGUUGUAAAUACUGAUUAAAAGAACUUGUUUCAUACUUCUAUAACUUAUUGUUAAAUAAACUGUGCAACAGUCAA